AUGACGGCUCCUGUUUCCUUCUUUCUCCUGGCUGUCCUACUUGCUACAGUUGGAAAAGGAUCCUCUAUUGAGUGUCAGAAAUGUUAUAGCAUAAAUACCGACUGUAUCGGCCGCAUAACAGUCUGUGAUCCUGAGUUUGAUGCCUGCAGUUCCCUAGUGGUCGAAACAAACACAUCUCCAAAGACACAGAAAACCAUCAAUAAAGGAUGUACAACUCAAAAACAGUGCACUCCUGGAGCCAUAUCUAUGAAUCUUGGAACAGGAUAUCAGGAGACAGGGGACAGCAUCUGCUGUACAACGGAUCGCUGCAACAACGCCUCUCUCACAGUGCCAACCAGAAACAAAACUCUGAAUGGGCUACGGUGCCCUUUCUGUUAUGCUGAGAGAUAUGAGAAAUGCAAACAGGAGGUCAUCAACUGCACUGGAGGGGAGAAUCGGUGUUUCACCAGGACAGCUGGAGGAUACAAGGUGACCACGAUAAACUCUGUUACGACCAUCUCAUACCAGAUCACCCAACAAGGGUGCGCCACAGAAUCGUUCUGUGCCAACAUUGCCAAAAUAGGGUUCGUCACUUCAGGGAACACUCUCAACUUUGGUACUUCGGAAAUAAAAUGCAGAGUGGCUUCUCGCUCUGGAACAAGAAAAGCUCCGGAAUCAACCCUGAUCUUCUUACAAGCCUUGAGUGGACUUUUAAUUAUGACAUCUUUCUAUCACUGUCUUUUUUAG